ACAAGGGGUGAAGAUGGUUUACAUCUUGAAUGGACAAGUGUUGGACAACCCGAGUCAGUCCCCAUAGAGAUUAUCUUUGAUAACAGAUUUCUUCUGGGGAGUAGCUGAGUCCGUGAUUUUGUUUUUCAAGACUCUGUUUCAGCAAGAUGUGAAAAAGAGAAGAGGCUACAGAAACUCCUCUGAUUCCAGAUAUGAUGAUGGAAGAGGGCCACCAGGAACCACCCCCCCAAGAAGAAUGGGUCGAAUUAAUCAUCUGCAUGGCCCUAGUCCUCCUCCAAUGGCUGGUGGAUGA